AUGACGCGAGAAACAAUUGGCAAUCGUUUGGAAAAGUUCCAGAAGUUGAACAUUGUGAAUCUCAGUUACCUAAAUAUAUACUCCUUUAUAAUCGAUUUUAGGUACGUUGGCUUAUGGACUCUCGAUUCGAAUUCAUCCGCGUUCCUAAAAUACUCGUACCAUGUAUACAACAAAUCUAUCUUAGCGAUUAUGCUCGUCUUCAUGAUAACUCUAUUCGCUGACAUUUGCAUAAGUUUUGACGAUCUGUCAAUCGUUACGGACGACGGAUGCGUUUUUGCCGGGAUCAUCGUCGUGUUCUUCAAGGUGAUACUCUUCCAAACUCGCCAUGAAAAAAUUAGACGAUUGAUCCGCAAAACUAUCGGUAGUUGUGUCGAACUCUGCAAGUUUCCCAUUGGCGUUGAAAACGAAAUCUUGGACAAAUACCUGCUGCUCUGCCGCAUAGCCUUCUAUGGAUUUAGCGUCCUGGGCUUCUUCCUCGUGAUCGCUCUGCUAUUCAUCGUGCCUGUGGAGAACGGAGAGCUCCCGGUGAGGGCCCAGUAUCCCUUCGAUACAACGGUGUAUCCAUGGCACGGGAUCGGCUUCUUCGUCGAGGCCUGCACCGUCUCCAUCGGCAUAACCGCCAUCAUCAUGAUGGACAGUUUGCUCACCAAUUUAUGCACUCUAUUUAUCGUGCAGCUCGAGAUUUUGAACGCACAUUUUAAAAGCUGCGGCAGUUCUACAACCGAGGCCAGCUGCGAAAAGGAUAAUUACGAUCCGGACGCGAUUCGUUGCGGCGGUUUCGCCGAGCGGUUCGGACGAUCCAUCCGUAAUCAUCAACGUCUGCUCGCCAUAAUAGACGACUUCAACAAGGUGUUCAGCGCCGGCAUGUUCGUUCAGAUGCUCUCGAGCACCUCGAUGAUUUGCCUAACUGGCUUCCAAGCAGCCUUGAAUGCUGUGGGGAAGAUGCGUUCUCUAGCCCUCGUUCUCAUGAGCUUCAACCUCCUGCAAGUCGUCGUUCGCUGUCAAGAAUUAUCGGUCAUCCGGCACUCCGAUGGAGAUAUUUUUACCAUCGAAGGUUCUUGCACGGAGGCCUGCACAGUGCUUAGCAGCGGCACCGCCAGUCCUUAUUCCCGGGGUUCUUCGAGUUCAAGUCUCCUUGUGCCAAACAGUUCCUGCACGUGCCAGUGUAACUUCGACUUGCCUAUCUUUCGAGAGGAUCUUCACAUUUGCGUCAAUGACAUUCACGAAUGCAACGUUGCUGGCUUUGUCAACAGCAACGGCCACGUGGAGAGAGUACCGUAUGUCUUCUUACCACAACGAGGGCAGAUAAUAUAUCCUCACGCGGAGAUUCGCUUCGAAGGUGUGACCACUCCUGUAUGCGGGAUUGCCGGUGCCAAGCAAUUGGGAAGGACGGGAUGGUCCGAAUUAAGGAAUCUCUCCGACGCCGAGCCGCCCUUCAGAUUGUUCCGAGACGAGGGCAGGACGUUCCUCCAGUGGAUUGGCGAAGCUGGGCUGAGAGACGCAGCAGAAGGACGAGUCGUGACGGCCAAACUUGUCUGCAGAGACGCGUCACCGAAGUCGACAUUCUCUGGGGUUUUCACACCUUGCGUGGCCUUUAGGGUGGCCGGUUCGCCAUCAAAAAACAGUAUACGAGAAGUAAUGUUCUCGUCGACGUCCCAGGUGUCACAAGGAUUAUCAGCUACGGAAUACACCGCCAUCGGUCUUUCCUCUGUAAUCUUGGCUCUCAUAUACGUAGCCAGCGUAUCGUUAUAUUUGCACAGCAGAAGGGUGAAGACAAAGUCCAUCGAAGAGGCGGACAUCACUCUUGACGGCGGUCGAGACGGCGGCGGAUUGGUGAAGAGCAAUCCAUUGUUGACAGCCACGAGACAUUUCGAGAGCGACACUAAUAGUGGACUAACCGAGAGCGAUUUAGGCGAAGAUCUUCCUGCGAGCGAUAAUGAGCAAGGUUUCGAAAAUCAAAUAACAUCGGCGAUCGUUCAUCCUCACUGCGUGUAUCUGGAGCAAUCGGAAGGGCCUUUUUCCACGGGUUCCAUUCUGGGUGAGAGGCUACCGGAAGAGGAUGUACGGGUCGUGGAGACGGCUGAAAAUCCGCAUCAGCAAGAUGUACCGGUUCUUCCAGGUGCUCAACGUAGGAAAUUGUACUUCAAUCCCGCGUACUUCGAUCGACAGCUAUUGCUGGCCCCACCUCCGGCUGCCAUCGAGUUCCUGCUCAAAAUCCGAGAAGUCAUCUCCAUCGCCAAGCACAAGAUGGCUGCAAAAAGAUUUGUUCCUACUCUCAAUGGUAUUCCGGAAGAGGAGAGCAAUUCCGAACGGUGCGAAUCGGCAAAAUCAAGCAAGCAUCAACAGAGAACGACCCCAAGCUCCGUUCAAGGCGGCUCGGUCACGAAAUCGCGGAAGUCCCAACGGUGCACCGGAUGUCCCGGUUGCAGCGAGUCUCCUCGGCUGCUUCCCGCUCUUCCUAUAUCUGAUUUGCCCAGCCACGGUGAGAGCAAGGUGCGCGCCUGGUUGGAGGACGUGCGACCACCACAGCGUCGCUGGAGGGACGCCGAGGAUACGCGUAGGAACUUCCAGGAGAACGCCCGAACGUUUGCCAGAAAUCUGGAAUACCUAAAGGAGUUGGCCAGACGCGAUUUUGGUGAUCCGGACGAUCGCGCGAAUCUGGUUGGCAAAUCGGUAUCGUCGUGGAAAGAUAAUCCACCGAUGCUGAGGACCUUCCAGAAUAUCACCGCCAGAAGUGAGAUUCUGGAGAACGACGAUCGCUACAGCGUAUCCAGACGAUCGACCAGGUCCAUGUUCGAAGGAUCCGAGUACGACCGUUGCGGCCGUGGUAAGCGGGCGAAUGGUAGACCAUUCCAGUACACUGCCGGUGACGACGCGAUAAACGCGAAAGUCCGCAAGGCCAUCGAGAAUUCCUUCAUCAAGCAAAUGGAGGAGAGCGCGGUCAUAGAGAGCGAGACGAAAGAGAGCGUGAAAGACGAUAGGAACAGCAAGAGUGAGGACGAGUCGGCAAAAACAGAGAGAUCAUCCAGCAACACGAAUAAAUCGGAGAAAUCGCGAUCGCAGCAAUCGCAGAGCAACCCCAAAAAAGAACUUCCAGAUAUGAUUAACGAGCUACCCGGUGCGAAGAACACUGCAAAGCGUAUUAUGGACGCCGUGAUACGUGAGAUGGUAGACGUGAAGGCGUUGGAUCAUCAUCACACUAGAUCAUCUAAUCGUCCUACGACGAUUACCGACUACGAGGUAGACAGUCUGGAACGUUCCAAGUGUAGUCGGAAGUCAUCGACAUCGCCGGAUCAGUCAUCGACGGAUAAUCAAUCGAGUCCGGCCUUAUCCACGGCAUUGCCAAUGGACGAGGAGUUAACGAUGCAAAAUGCUGUGAUCAACACGCGUACCGGCGAAAUGACGAUGUCGAAGCUCAGUAAUCAGAUUCUCGAGAGAAACUGCUACAACAGUCUGCCAGAAUUGAUCAGCAGUCAACGGUCGGAGACGUACUCGCUGGUGAGUGAAGUCUACGUGAAUGACGGCUACGCCAGUCCAGCCUGCAGUGACGACAGUGGUCCGGAGAUUCAAUACGAGCCGGAGAAUCCGGGUCAUUUGACCAUCAAGGUCCAGGACUCUCCAGAAAACUACGUGAAGCUUGACGAAUCCGAGUACGAGCCGGACACGUUGGAUCGAAAGCCGAUGAAGCUGCGAAUCAACGACGACAUACAAUACAACCGAGGGGAAAUUACCAACGAGAUUUAUGUGGAUUCGUUAGAGCGACCGGCUCAGAUCCUUCUCAAGAGCAAGGGUAGUUUUCGCGACGAGAAUUCUACGCUGCAACGUACUAGCCACAACAGUUUACGGGAGAUUUACGAGGCAAGGAUAAAGUCGGGUAUGAAGGACCCACAUUUGACGAAUGGUCAUGACCCGGAGGUGCAAAUGAACGGCGAGUCCGAUGGCGUAGACUCGUGGAAAAAGUUGAAAUACUUGACGCCGGACAACAGACAAGCAAAGAGACAACGACAGCCGCAUAACCAGCCGGACGUGGUGCCGUUGCCGCCCACGGAAGAGGAGAUCUAUCAGCGACCGAAGCCACCGCGGCGCGUCGAAGACGCGAGACUGCCGCCGUUAUCUCCGCCAAAAAACGCCUGGGACGGGAGUCCUGUCGGAGCGGGUGACCCUACAGCCAGUAACGGCGCUCCUGUCCCGAAAGCUGACGGAUACCAUGUAGGGGACCAAACCUGCCUCUGCUCGUCGCAGACUCAACUCGACGAAGUCUCGGUGCGAGAAACGAAGGUGGCGCGAGAUAAACGAUCGAUUACAGGUUCCUCUCAUCACAGAAGUUCCGGAAGAAGUUCAAGGACGCGAUCGUGGAGCGCCGAUCAUCGCCGGGAGGAUAAGGACAAACUCCUCAACAAAAGCAGAGCGCAGAGUGGCUCCAGAACAAGGCAGUUGAAAGGUCUCUCGAAGAGCUGUGAUUCCAACUCGAACAUGCUACCGUUGGUGGACAAUCGACGUGGUCACGUGAAGGUUGAAGAUAGCGGCUACCUCAGUAGCACAGACAGCAACGGUUCGCACAAGCGAUUGCUGAAGCACGAGGUAAGUAGCGUGUCCGAGGAGACCGACGAGACCGAAUCUGUGUGUGACGGCGCUAGCGAGAGCGGUGCCGAGAGCGUCGGCACCGACAGCGUGUUUUUCGGCAAUUUUCGCAGACUGUCACAAAUCUCUAAAAGCGCUGAUUCCGGCGUGGAUCUUGGAGCGAAGAAUUCGUCAUAUUAUCAGCCGAUGUUCGACACGAACAGUGAGAUCACAGUGGUUUUGGAGAGAGCGAAUUUCAGUACGAGCGACAGCGAAACCGAGAGUCUCGUUACUGUAUUGCCUCCUUGUAACGGUCAGUGCAACAAAUUAGUAUCGUAA